UUCAUUCUUUAUCCUUCGCAUCGCCAAACAAUCGAAACAAUCUCUUUGCAGGCCUAUCCCUUGUUUCUUUCAUUCCCUUCCGCUAUUGUUGGUCUCAUUGAGAAAUUGUUGGCCACCGGGUAUCUGCCACUGGCAUGCCUAUAGAUGUCAAGGUAUCUGCCCAUCUGGUCUCUCUCCUUUGAUUCUCUACAUUUUCUCUCUCUUGUUUUCAUGAAUCUCCUCGUGAGACGGCUAUGCCAUUAAGAGAUUGGAGCCGUAUCGUCGCCCCCCACACACGCUCGUUCUCUUAUCUGUACUGGGCCUCUCUCGCAACGCUAUCACCCGUCUCGUCAGGCCGUGAAAGCACCACGUUUCGAUGGAUGGCCUCGACCAACACAUCGCCCCCAGAGGCUACGGAUCGAAUGCCACUUAUGUUUAUGAAUACUCUCGGGGCCUGAACGGGGUCCACGUUCCACGCGAUGUCCUUUACACGCGCAUCAUUCUGGGCUCUAUCCUCUUGGUGGCCCUCGUCAUCUUCUGCAGCCGGAUCGCCCAAAUCAGCCAUGCCUAUCUCCGUUUUAUCACCUCCCUGUCCGCCAGCCGGCGGCAACAAACUUUCUGGAGCGUCGAAGCCUCCCCCACCUGGGCCCGCCUGAAGAAGCAUGUGAUGUACGCGCCGCUAGGGAGGAAGAGACACAACCGGGAGAUCCAGCUAUCGUCGGCGGUCAAUGUCGGCACGUUGCCGUCCCGGUUGCAGGCGGUCCUGAUCUUUCUCUACGCGGCCAGCCAGGUCGCCUACUGCGCCACAUUGGACUACCGCGUCAACAAGAAGGAAGCCCUCUUCGCCGAACUCCGGGGCCGAUCGGGAACGCUGGCCGUUCUGAACAUGGUCCCUCUUUUCAUCUUCGCCGGGCGCAACAACCCGUUCAUCUCGCUGCUGCGGGUCAGCUUCGACACCUACAACCUCCUCCACCGAUGGCUGGGCCGCAUCGUAGUGCUCGAAAGCGUGGUGCAUACCGCCGCGUGGGCCGUCAACGCCUGCAACGAGCAGGGCUUCAACGACAUGCUCUCGCGCCUGCGGACGACUCCCUUCUUCACCUGGGGCCUGCUGGGCACGUGUUCGAUGGUCUUCCUCUGCCUCCACUCCCCCUCGCCGAUCCGGCACGCCUUCUACGAGACCUUUUUGCACCUGCACCAGCUCGCCGCCUUGCUGGCGUUCCUCGGCGUCUACGUCCACCUCGACCUCGACAACCUGUAUCAGAAGAAGUGGGCGACCGCGAUCGCCGUCAUCUGGCUGCUGGAGCGAUCCGUGCGGCUCGGCCGUCUCCUCUACCUCAACGUAUCCAUUCGACACGGCGCCACCAAACUCGUCGUCGAAGCCCUCCCCGGGGAAGCCUGCCGCGUGACCUUCCGCCUCCCGCGCCGAGUCCGCGUCAACCCCGGCAGCCACGUCUACGCCUAUAUCCCCAGCGUCGCCCUCUGGACGUCCCACCCGUUCUCGGUCGCCUGGGUCGAUCCCAUCAGCGCGAUGAGCCCCUUUUCCUCUCACACUGAAUCCCCAACCUCCCCUUCCCUCCUCGAGAAACAACCCCCCCGCGAUCUGAACGCUUACCUCGAAGAACAACAACCUCGCAACCCGCACCAACCCACCUCCGUCUCCCUCAUCAUCACCGCCCGCCAAGGCAUGACCCGCAGCCUCUACAACCGCGCGCUCGCCGCCCCCGCCAAGACCCUCCGCACCACCGGCUACAUCGAGGGGCCGUACGCGGCCCGCCCCGUCAACUUCUCCAGCUACGGCACCACCAUCCUCUUCUCCGCCGGCGCCGGCAUCACCCACCACACGCUCUACGUGCGGGACCUGAUUCUCCGGGCGGCCGACGGCUGCGUCGCCACACAGCAGAUCCACCUCGUCUGGUCUGUCCGCAACACGGAGCACCUCACCUGGGUGCGUGAGUGGAUGGAUUCGGUGCUCCGCCUCCCGGGCCGCCGCGACAUCCUCACCGUCCGCCUCUUCGUGUCCAAGCCCCGCAGCAGCCGCGAGAUUGUCUCGCCCAGCUCCACUGUCCAGAUGCUCCCCGGCCGCUGCCGGCCCGACGUCGUCCUGGAUGAGAUCCUCCCGGGACGGGUGGGCGCCACCCUGGUCUCCGUUUGCGGGCCUGGCGCGUUUUCCGACGAGGUGCGCGCUGCAGCCCGUGGGAAGAUCGGGAGCGGACCGGUCGUGGAUUUCGUCGAGGAGGCUUUCACCUGGUAGAUAAGAUUUCCCUUCCUUUUUUCUCAUCUUUUCUUUUUUACAUCGUUUUCAUCUUUCUUCUCCUUCUUACUUUCCUUUUCACGACUUGGUCGGCUGGCUGGCUGGUGUUUUGGAGCGAGGCUGUCUUAUCUUUUUGGUCUCUCUUGUGUUCUAUGUGUUCUGUCGACAUAAUUUUGGGAUGUACAUUCUUUAGUAUUACUGGCAAUAAUCAGGCGUGGAUUUGUUUCCAUGGACACUGUCUUGGAUAGGCACAGUUAUCACCACUAGAUAGAAAUC